AUGGUUAAGUGCUCCUCGCGUGGAUUGAGAGCGUGCCACCUGAGGGUACUCGAGCUCAUCCGUGAAGAAUGGCCGCUUCGAUUGAAUCUCGUGCGCAUCAGUGGAAGUUUAUUUAGACGACAUAGGUUAGUAACACCGGUAAUCGAACUCACGCCAAAGAACGAAGACUUCUCAAAAAUACGGCUUGAAAACUUACCGAUGAGAGAUGGACUAUCACCGAUGUUAUUCAGCAUAGCGAUGGAAAUGAUAAGAACGUCACACGAAAAUGGAGAGGUCCCCAUAAGAAUGACAUUCGCCCAGCAAGGGAAAUCCCUCGAGCCUCCGCAAGCCCCGCUGAUAUACGACAAUGACUCACGUGUUUGGGCAUAA